CUUGACUAGCGUAUUCACUGGUCCUGGGGAGUGUCUGAGGCCUGUCAAGUGACUGUUGAUCGUAUACUUUUCUAUUCGUUUUUAUCAAUAACAAUUAUGGAUCCCGCGGUCUUCCCGGAGGAGAUUUGGAUUAAGAUUUUAUUAUACUGCGACGUACCUGACAUUAUCGCGUUCGGCAGCACUUGCAAAUAUCUGAGAAAAACGUCAGACACGGAUUACCUAUGGAAGAUGAAAUGGCUGCAGCUAAUCUCGAAGGUGCACUUUAGAUUCCCAGACAUAAAAUGCUUGCAAUUGCUCAGCGUCAGCUUCAAAGCUAUGUGUUACAGACUACACAUGGUGGUAACACUGGGGGAGAAUGCACCGUUCCCAAAGUGUUAUCAUUGCAGUGGCUACACAUGCCAGAGGAACUGUGUUGAGGGCUCCAGCGCUAAGGUAGUGAUUGAGAUUGGCAACAAGUACACCUGGGUCAUCACUCCAUACUUUGGGCUUAGGCGACAUUUCUCUAUGUUCGGCAUUCCUAAAUACAAUAACAAAACUCACAUAGAGCAAAUGCAGACACAAAACGUUCCAAGCAGUAGCACUCGCUCCAAAUCCGAUACUAAGUCGCUGGCAAAGAGAUUAAAGAUGCUGAAGCUACCAGAAUUGACAACCACCAAAGUACCGCGGCCGAGCGGGCCGUUCUGCGUAUUCUGCAAUCCUGUCAAGCUGUAUAGAGAGAAGCGACGACUGACCACCCAUCAAAAUGACCCAAUGUGCACCAGACCAAAUCCGAUAUACCAGAAACUCGUGAACGGCUACUGUACCGACACGGUGGAAGUGCUCGGUAUCCCGAAUGUGGACGUUGUGAGUCCGGCCGAGGCACUUCUCUGCGAUGGUACAUUCCCAGUUCUCAAAACUUUCAUCGAUCACUUGUUUCAUCAGAUGAGCUUGACUGCAACGCUCAGAAAGCCGAAUACUGUGCUCAUGUUUUGUGAACCACUGGCGAUGCAUCCUACCUUAAGAAAGCAGUUGUUGCAUUAUUUAUUCCAGGAAGUUAAAGUAGCGAGAGUAUGCCUGGUCCCGAAACCUCUGGCAGCAUGUGCCAUGCUGGACGUGGAGACCUGCGUAGUAGUUGAUAGUGGUGCUCUGAGCACAACGGUUGCUGUUGUGAUUGGAGGACGGGUUAUGCCUCAGCGCUGGAGACUUCUACCUGUUGGUGGUUGGCAUGUUGCCUAUCACUUGAAACAAGCUAUGUACUGGCAACCAAAAGAGUAUCAUCAAAUUCCUAUAUCGUACCUAGACAUUUUGGCUGUUAAAGAACGAUGCAGACUAAGCUACAAUAUUAAGAACGAAGAGAAACGUCUGGGACAGAAAGCAAGAGAGCACAUAAAUCUUCGAGUUGACAGUUACGCGGACUAUAAGCAAUUUUGGAGAGUCUCAUUAGGGCCGGAAUUGUACAUAGCUCCCGAAAUGAUGUAUGUCAGUUUACGUUUACCCGAAGUUAUAAGGGAAGUGACAUCAGGAUUACCAGAGGAUAUAAUGGUGGAUUGUCUUUCACACAUUCUACUUACUGGUGGAAAUACGGAUCUUUCGGGUUUCGAGCUGCGACUUACUAAGGAUCUACGCGAAUUAUUGCCAGAGCAUAAGAAGAUAUUGGAUGUGAAAAGCUGUCCUGGUACACAUAGCUGGAACGUCGCAAUGGGAUCUACAUAUGUGCCUUUAACUGUGCAUCCUGAAAAAACUCCGCCAGAAUAUAUUGAAGGUAAUCCAUUUUGGCUAUCACGAGAAGAAUACGUACUGUUUGGAUGUGAAUCUCUGGAACACAGUAACGAAACUAUAAUAGGUGACGACAUAAUAUGAAUGCCUCACUUAUUAUGUAAUCAUAUGCGCAUAUAUAAUGCAUAAUGACAGGAAAGUAAAUGUUACCAUCAUUGAAUAUAUUUUCUUCUUAUAUUGUCUAUAAAUUCGAAAAGUAAUUUAGAAUUGGAAGGGCCUGAAACACAUUCCAAAAUAUAAUCGUCAUGUUCACAUUAUUUAAGGGCACCUAAAUGUAUUUUUCUCAAAUUUUACUAUUUAAAAUUGAUUUAUUAGCAUAGUAUGUAUAACAUACUAUAUACCAGAUGUUCCAUUUUCACAUACAUAAAGUAAAAUUUCAAAGAAUGAGAUAAGGCGUGAGUUUUUUUUAAUAAUUUUAGUUUUUAUUAUGAAUUUAAUAUUGGGCGAAUAUUAAGCCAAUCUUUUUCUUAGCGGCUUUAAAAUGGACAGAAACUUUAUGUUCAUUUUAAUUAUAAUUAAAGGAAUUAAAGGAUGCUAGAGAGAUAAUGAACAAAUUUUAUAAAAUAAUUCCAGUGACAAUUGUUUAAGACAUUAGACGAUGGUUUUGUUGAACGUUGUUUGUUUGAUUUUUAUUUAAUUAAAUUAGAAUUUUUUACAUCAUGUUUUUUAAUUUUAUUUUCUUUAUUUUUUAUUACAACAAAAAUGUUCAAAAUAACGAACCGCAGUUACAAACAUUUGCUUCUCAUCCAUUACCGAGAAUUUCACCGUAUCUUGUGCAUGUCUGCGAGUUCUCCAUGCGUGCUAUCUUUUACGGAAUGGAUUUAUGAUUAAUAGAUGAUGCGAUUAAAGAUUUGUAAACAGUGAUAAAACCUAUAUUGCACGAUUUUGUAUUUGGGGAGGAAGAAAUGCGCAACAUCAAUAAUAUUCGACCGAAUUAAUGCCUUAGUUUAGAAGUCUAAAGACAUUGCUGCAUACUUAACAAAAAAUGUUCAACACUUAACAAAAAUUCGAGAGUUACUAUUUUUUUAAGUUUAUUACAACUUUCCAAAAACAUCCUAAUAUAUCUCUUCUGUAUAUCUCCUAAUACUACUACAAUUUACAUCAAAUAAUUUAAAUUCAAUGAUCUGUUUUCUUACGUUUUAUACAAGGAAUGUUUUACUUUAUCAAAGGAACAUCUUGUAUAUAUGCUUUAAAACUGCCCCUACAUUAACUUUGAAAUUUAUGGCAUUUAAAUUUCCACAUACUAAAAGAAUUUAUCUAUUAGUAUUUUAGAGGACAUCAUGGAGCUUUGUAUAAAGCUAAUUAAUGCGUCACAGUUAUAAUGCACUUUAGUACAUUUGUUAUUAAUUCUAUCAGGAUUAUCAUCCAGCACCUGAUAUUGUUUAGUGCAAUAUGUUAUAUGUUGAUGGCAUGAAUGUUUUAAAGUUGCAAUAUAAGGUUUUAGUGCCAUCUGAGUAUAUUUAAAUUAUGAAGCUAUUUACUUUUAUGUACAUACACGUACAUUGAAUUGUUUUGUAAAUAUAGGGUAAACAAAGCUGCUUAAAUUGAAAAUGUACAGAUCAUUAUGAAAACGAUAAACGUCAAACAAGUAUUAUAUAAUGCUAUAUAUAAUGUUAGAUAUAGUAUUUCCAGAAAUUGUUCACUAUUUCGUACAUUUAUAUCACAGAAAUCUUGCCAAAAGAAGUAUGUAUAUGUUAAAAAAGAGAAUACAUAGUAACAUUUCUAGUCACUUUAGAUAUUGUUAGGUUUUAAAUAUAGGUUCAAUGAGGCGAGAGAUUUCUCUUCCAAAAUAAAGUAAAUAAUCGCGAUCUAUAAUAAAGAAAAAAAGAACAAUGAAUAUUUAGAUUAUAUGUUCAUGAAAUGUAUGACUACUGUUAUUAUAUUUUUUUGUUAAUGAUAUAGAGUAUAUAAUUUUAUUAAUAAGUUAAGAUAUAAUUAUCGGUAUGAUUACUCAUAAGAUAUUUCAUUAAGAGACUGUAAUGUGAAUUUGAUAGCUGUAAUUAUAGAGCACAUAUUGAGAUGAGUUAAAUUAUUAUUUAGAUAAUAUGUAAUAUGUAUGCUAGUGUGAAACAACUAAUUAAAAAGGAAUAAUAUUGUAAAUGCUAUGUUAUAACUGAUGUUUGUAUUAAAAAAAUAUCUAUCUAAAUUAUUGUAUUAGCUACUAGAAUAUCAAAGAAGACUUAGGUAUUCACAUGGCUUCAAUUCUGUAAAAUGCUAAAAUGUAAGUAUAAAACAUUAAAUAUGUUACACAACACAAAGAAAAAAAAAGAGAAUAGUUUA